AUGAGGUGGUUCGACGUGCCGGGCUGCUUCUGCUUCCACAUCUGGAACGCCUGGGACGAACCCGCCGUCGUCAUCGUCUGCUCCUGUAUCACGCCGCCCGACGCGCUCUUGUCCUCCGUGCGCGCCGUCCUGUCCGAGGUCCGGCUCGACCUCCGGACGGGGCGGUACAGCCGGCGCGAGCUCGUGCCAGGGCUCAACCUCGAGGCCGGCACGGUGAACCGGUCGCUGCUCGGCCGCCGCACUCGCUUCACCUACCUCGCCGUCGCCGAGCCGUGGCCGCGGUGCCGCGGCGUGGCCAAGGUGGACCUUGGCACCGGCGAGCUCGCGGCCGUGCACGAGUACGGCGAGGGACGGUUCAGCGGCGAGCCCACGUUCGUGCCGGCGACGUCGGCGACGUCCGGCACCGGCACCGGAGGCAGGGAGGACGACGGGCACGUGGUGGUGAUGGUCCACGACGAGGCGGCGGGCACGGCGGAGCUGGUGGUGCUCGACGCCGGGAAGAUGGAGGUGGCGGCGACGUAG